AAUGUCAUCAGCCCAUCAGCAGAUCCCACCAAGGGACGCAUGUAUACAUAAUACCUAGAUGCUUUCGCACUUUUGUCUAGACCGUCUGGAUUCACCAGCUACAAAAUUUACCUAGGUCGUCGAUGCAUCUCUCGGCGGACUAGACGACAGACCGCCACGGCGGUACAACAACAUGCCUCGCCAACAAUCCCAGCCAAUCACCAUCUGGUUCGCCUCAAUCUUGUCUCUGGAACUGUCUCUCCCCCUUCUGCAGUGCAGUCUGCGGCGCGGGUACAGUCGUCAGUCACCGGUUACGUGUGAUAAUCGGCGGAUACGAAGGGGCAGAAGGGAACGCUUCUCCGUAUUCAACUUCACAAAGUACCCCACCAUGGUGGCUUUGCCAUGCUAGAGGUGGUGAGGUAAUGCUACCUGCAUAUCGGAAGGGAUGGCGUCCCCUGCCUGUUUUCGACAGGGAAAAAAUUGCAGGGCCACUUCACCAACCUGCUCUGUCCACCCUCCGCCUCCCACCCCACGAGCAAGAGACAAGGCCAAUUCGUUCGACUUGUGCGAGCAUCUGGGAGACUGGAGCAUACUGGACUUAUUGCCGCCGCACUUGAUCCAAAAGGCCUGGGCGUCCGGGUGGUCACCGACAGGGAGAAGUAAGAUAGGGGGGGGGGGAGAAGCCGUUCGUG